AUGGUAAUAAUGCGCUACGUGCUGUGUAUCCUGGCUCUCCUGCUCUCAUGUGCGUGUAUGCACGUCCUCGCUGAUGAAGUGCCUGCCGCCGAUCUUUCCGACCAAGUCCCUGAUACGGAGAGUGAGACAAAGAUUCUUCUUCAAGGUACUCCUGUCGCCCAACAUACUGAUGAGGGUGAUUGCUCUAAAGGUACUGCUGAAAAAGGUAAAUGUACUGCUACUGGUGCCGAUACUGUUUCUGGCUGCACUGGUGGUUCUUCUAAAAAUGCCUUGACUUGUCCACAGAAACUGACUACACAUGAACAGGGUCCUACCGGUCCUAUUGGUGCUGCUGUCGGUAAUUGCCGUGAUGGUACUCCUCCUGAUGACAGUAAAUCUUGUGCUGAGGCUUCUCCCGCUCCAGUUUGCUCUGAAAAUCCUCCUGAAAAUAGUGAAUGUACGGAAAAACGCGACGUUUCUCACAAAGCACAUGAAGCUCCUAAAAAACCUCUCGACCAAGUUAACCAUGCUACGCUUGAUUCUCGAAGCGACUCUGACUCUCUUGGUCAAGGAACUGUUGAGGGUCUUCCUGGUCCCGCUGGUUCUCGUGGUGAUGAUGGUCUUGAAGGUCGUGGUGGUUCUGGUGCUCCUGGUCCAUUGGGUGAGGCUGGUUCGAACGGUUUAUCUGACGCUGGAACUGGUUCUCCAACAGUGGCUGGUCCUGAAACUGCUGAACCAACUGCAAGGGAGAGUGAGGCUGAGGCUGCAGGUAUCAGUCGACCUGUAGACGGCGACAACAUUGCAAAAGGU